AAUAACAUGAGAGGAGGUUCUGAAAACUUGAAUGAAGACACGCUUGGGAGUCAGCUAAAGGCUGGUGUCGCUCAGAUCAUUGCUCUCGAGUUCACACGCACCAAUCAUCGUGAUAACAGGACUGUGAAUCGUUAUCUGCCGUGGCUGUACCACCCGCCCUCUACCAUGCAACAAGGCCCAAAAGAGUUUGUUGACAGUAUUGCACAUGUUCGCCUUUUAUCAUGGCUUCUACUAGGGUCAUUGACCCACAGUGCAAUGUGCCCAGGUUUUCCCUACUCUAAUAGCAUUACCAGCUUGCCGAUCUCAUUGGAUGCUAGCUCGCACAUUGCUGAGCAUGUGCAAGUGAUUCUUGCAUGUUUUGCUGAGCAGUCGAGUACAUCCAUCCUCCACAUGUCCUCGUUGACUCAUGCUUUUAUUUUGUGCCAG